CUGCCUCAUUCAUAGCAGAAGCGGUCAAAGCCAGUCGGCUGCAUCCUCUUUCCAGUGCGCCGGCUUCACUCAGAACUCUUUAAGGGGUCCGUUUCUCUGUCUGCAGCUUUAUCAGACUCCCUUCCUGAUUUUCCUCUUUAUUAGAAAUGGACUUCAUCCUGACCCCUAACGUGACAGUUGGUGGAAUCCCCUGGGAGAAGCUUUUACCGCCUCUCAUUCCUCGAGUUAACGGAACGUACGGGCACUGUGGCUGGACUCCAGCGCUGAUCAUACCAGAGAACAACAAUGUCAGCUCUGACGAGGUGCACUGUGAUGAAAGUGGAUUCACAGUUCAUGUCGAUGUAAAACAUUUUAAACCAGAGGACCUGCUGGUCAAAGUGGUGGGGGACUUUGUGGAAGUUCAAGGAAAACAUGAAGAAAAAAAGGAGAAUGGCCCAGGAUUUACAACACGGCAGUUUAAUCGCCGCUACCGAAUCCCAAAGGGAGUGAACACCAUGGCCUUGGAGUCUGCCGUUUCCCCGGAUGGCGUCCUAAUAAUAUCUGCACCCUUGCUGGAAACUGAGAACAGCAGAUCUCUGAUGUAACUGCAGUGAUGUGCAUCAGUAGUGUUCACAGGAUAAAAAAACCCACAGUACAAAAUAACAUCAUGCUCUUCCGUUCAGAUGUGCCAAAA